UUUGGGUGAGCAGCUUGCGGCAGUCAGUUGUAAGAUCCACUUCAGCUUUUAACUUUAAAUUGUUCCCGCAGCGUGUCUCGUCUACCUAUCUUUUGGAAAGAGCAGAUAUUUUCCCAAACGUUUCUGUCAAAAUUCUCUUCAUCAUCCAGACCUGUCGCACUGUAUCCCCACUACCUUUGGCAUUUUUUUUUUUUUUUUUUUUUUAAUCUCCGCAACAUUUUUUUUUCUUCAUUUUUUAAAGACAUAUAAAGGACAACAAAGCCACUCUCGUACAGGAUAAAACCCCCACCUCUGGAAGGUGUGGGAAGUGACUGAAGCGGCUGCCGCUGCGCGAUGCGGAUCCCGGGUGUGCGGAGUCAGCCUGCUGGGGCAUUUCCACAGAAAAGAGCCUGUUAAAGCCCAGCAUUCAACUUUCAGCCGGGAACCCCGUGCACUGACAAAGGACUGGCUGGGAGAGAGAGAGCUUACAAAAGAGUGGUUUGUUUUCUGGCUUGUUUUUUUGCCAAGACUUAUACAAAGUUGGACAACUUUGCAGCCUGCGGUAAAAACGCGGCUCUGUUGCAGAAGCUGCGUCCAGCAAGUGACUGGUCCAGUCUGGGUUCUUCUUCUCCAGCGUCUUCACCCCGGUGGUGUGAGGCUUUUCUGAACAAGAGUCUACUUUCCAUGCAACCCCAGUCCUGCCAGUCCCACUGGGUUUUUGAUGCAACUCUAUUAUUCAUUUUUGACCACUUAGAAACAACAGAAUGGAGCUGAUAUACAGGAGGAUUCUCCUGCUGGGCUGCAUCCUCUUGGCCACUGCAGAAGAAGAAGUCCUUAUGAACACUAAAACAGAGACGUCUGAUCUCAGAUGGACCAUCUUCUCACUUGCCAGAUCGGAGUGGGAGGAAGUGAGUGGUUUGGAUGAGGAGAACAACAGCGUGAGGACCUAUCAGAUCUGCCAAACAGACAGUUCCUCCAGCCACUGGCUCCGCAGCGGCUUCAUCCAGAGACAAGGAGCCUCUCAGGUGUACGUGGAGCUCCGGUUCACCAUGAUGGAGUGUUCCUCCCGGAGCACGCACCACCGCAGCUGCAAGGAGACCUUCAACCUCUACUACUACCAGGCCGACGCCAACGAGGCCACGGCCAACUACCCGCCCUGGAUGGAGAACCCAUACACCAAGGUGGACACAGUGGCUGCAGACUUUCUCCUGAGGAAGGGCGGGGAGAGGAAGUUUAAUGUGAAGACCCUAAGGCUGGGCCCUCUGACCAAGAGAGGGUUCUACUUGGCCUUUCAGGCUCAGGGCGCCUGCAUGGCCCUGCUGUCUGUCAGGGUGUUCUUCAAGAAGUGUCCUCCCCUGAUCAGCGCUCUCUCCUCCUUCCCCGAAACCGUCCCCCGUUACCUGGUGCAGGAGGCCCAGGGGGCGUGCGUGGAGCACGCUGCUCAGCAGGGGCCCCGGCCCCGGCCCCCGAAGCUCUUCUGUGGGGAAGACGGCCAGUGGGUGGGGCAGCCCACCACCUCCUGCGCCUGCCUGCCGGGAUUUCAACCAGCAGAGGCACAGACACGCUGCACAGCUUGUCCUGUUGGCGAGUUCAAGUCGGGAACAGAGGGACAUUGUAGAGACUGUCCAGAAAACAGCCACGCCAUUCUUGGGGGGGCGUCGUUGUGUUCGUGUCGUCCUGGGUUCCUGCGGUCAGAAUCCGACUCUCCGGACUCCCCCUGCACUGAAAUCCCCUCGGCACCGCGGGGCAUCAUCCCCUUCAUCAACGACACCACGCUGAGCCUGGAAUGGAACGAGCCUCUGAAGAACGGAGGCCGGACGGACCUGAACUACGCCGUCCGCUGCUCCGUGUGCAGGAAGCCCCGGGGCCUCUGCCUGCCCUGCAGGGACAGCGUGAGCUACCGGCCGGAGCAGGAGGGCCUGCUGGCCCGCAGGGUGGAGGUGUGGGGCCUGCUGCCUCACACCACCUACACCUUCACCAUCCAGGCCCUCAACGGCGUCUCCCACCUCAGCACCAAGGAGGCGGCUAGUGAGAGCAUCAACAUCACCACCAGCCACGAAGUGCCAUCGCUGGUGUCUGUGAUUGGGAAGAGCGACUCCACCGAGAGCAGCCUGACUCUGCACUGGUCCGUCCCCGCUCAGGCUCACAACAACAUCAUGCAGUACCAGCUGCGCUACUGUGAAAAGGAGAGACGCAGCGAUGAUCAGUGCUUCUACACGGAGAGUAACAUGAACCAGAUCGUGCUGACGGAGCUCCGCAGGGCCACGCAGUACGAGGUGCAGGUCCGGGCUCGCACCCUGGCCGGCUACGGCAGCUUCAGUCCAGCAGCCACAUUCCACACCCUGCCGGACGGACAUGGCUCUGCUUCGCAGUUCUUGAUACCGGGCAUCCUCAUCGGCGUUGGGAUGCUGCUGCUCGUAACCUUCGUCCUCGUAGCGGCCUACUGCAUACGGCGACACAGCCGCAUAAAGGAUCCGUCGCUGAGUGACAAAAACAGCCAGUACCUCGCCGGCCAAGGGGUCAAGGUUUAUAUCGACCCUUUCACCUACGAGGACCCUAACGAGGCGGUGCGAGAGUUUGCCAAGGAAAUUGAUGUUUCUUUUGUGAAGAUAGAGGAGGUUAUCGGUGCUGGCGAGUUUGGGGAGGUGUGCAGAGGACGGCUGAAGAUCCCAGGCAAAAAAGAGAACUACGUGGCGAUUAAGACCCUGAAGGGAGGCUACACUGAGAAGCAGAGAAGGGACUUCUUGUCCGAGGCGUCCAUCAUGGGGCAGUUCCAGCACCCCAACAUCAUCCACCUGGAGGGGAUCAUCACCGCCAGCUGUCCUGUCAUGAUCCUCACCGAGUUCAUGGAGAACGGAGCGCUGGAUUCUUUUCUGCGGCUCAACGACAGCCAGUUCACCCCCAUCCAGCUGGUGGGGAUGCUGCGGGGCAUCGCCUCUGGCAUGAAGUACCUGUCAGAGAUGAGCUACGUGCACAGAGACCUGGCUGCUCGGAACAUCCUCAUCAACAGCAACCUGGUGUGCAAGGUGUCCGACUUUGGCCUGUCGCGCUUCCUGCAGGAGAACUCCUCUGACCCGACCUACACCAGCUCUCUGGGAGGUAAGAUCCCCAUCCGCUGGACGGCACCAGAGGCAAUCGCUUUCAGAAAGUUUACCUCGGCCUCCGACGUGUGGAGCUACGGCAUCGUGAUGUGGGAAGUCAUGUCGUUUGGAGAGAGACCCUACUGGGACAUGAGCAACCAGGACGUGAUCAACGCCAUAGAGCAGGACUACCGGCUGCCCCCCCCGCCCGACUGCCCCACCCACCUGCACCAGCUGAUGCUGGACUGCUGGCAGAAGGACCGCUCGGCGCGGCCGCGCUUCACAGACCUGGUCAGCGCGCUGGACAAGCUGAUCCGCAACCCUGCAUCGUUGAAAAUAGUGGCUCAAGAAGGAGCAGGGCCGUCCUACCCCCUGCUGGACCAGCGUGCCCCGCUAGCCCUGUCCCCGUGUGCGUCGGUGGGGGAGUGGCUGAGGGCCAUCAAGAUGGAGCGGUACGAGGACGGAGUCCUGCAGGCCGGCUACAGCUCCGUGGACCAGCUGGCCCAGAUCACCGCACAGGAUCUGCUGCACAUGGGAGUGACUUUGGCCGGACAUCAGAGGAAAAUGCUUUCCAGCAUACAGACAAUGACCUUUCAGAACAAGAGCGCUGAAACCGUGACGUUCUAGCCGCUCGGCUUCCUGCCCUGAGCGUGAACACAGCACACCGGUGUGAAGCCGUGUCCUCCGGAUCCCUCCCGUCACCUACUCUGACUCCAUGGACGAUGGGAGAAUGUACUUAUAACCAGGGAAAAGACUAAAAAACAGAACCAGCAAAUCGAGAUGACCGAUGGGAGUUUUGCAGAGACUGGCAGUGACCUGUCCCCAGGAGUGACGGGGUGAUGUCACGCAGACUGACUCUGUCUCAUUUUUAAAGUUUGCGAUUGUAUUUUUACAUCUAAAAAGGAUCCAACUCAAUGCACAUGCCAAACCAAGAGGAGCGACAGACCAGGGUUUACAGUUUCUCAUCAUUCUGACACCAGUUUACUACUUUGUAGUUCCAAAAUGUUCAAAAAAAAAAGACAAAAAGACAUGCUACUAUGAUAUUUUUAGUUUUCAAAUUGUUGUCUAAUAAGAAAUGAGAACUGCUUUCAUUGUUGGCGUCUUGCAUAAUCUUCCUGGAUUAGCUGACUUCACAGGGACCUUUCAUGUCAAGAUUGAGGAUUUAAACUGGGAGAUUUGAGUUUGUUUUUCCAUUUGAUUUCAACAUUACCUCCUCUUUACUCAGGUGUGAUGUGGAACACAGACAUUGGACAAUUCUGAACUUGCUCUAAUCAAAGUCCUCGUCCUCCUCAGUCUGGCUCGCCCUGCGCCGGCUCAGCAAUGUGUGAGGAGGAUAAAAGGCAUGGAGACACAUCCGCACUUUUAUCGUCUCUGUUCUGCCGAGUGAAUGAUUAUCUGCAGUGAUUCCGUGCAUUUACUCUUGAGCUGUUUCUGUUAGAUGUUUUUCUGCUGAAGCUUCGGUUUUAUUACAAUUAGGCUGAACAAGGACCAAGUGGACUGAGAGACCAGAGAGCACUGUACAAAUGGGUUUCUUUACCAAUUAUUAUCUGGCCCAAAACAUGUUUUCAUUGAUGUGACUAAUGCAUUUUUUAAAUUCUCUUAUUCUGUAUACUCCAUCUUCUCAGUGCCAUUCGUUUGUCUUUGUGAUUUUGAUGGCAGUUUUAUAAAGCAAAAAAAAUCUCUUGAGUGAUUUUGGUUUGUCUCAUUUAAAUGUUUCUUAAAGGUUUGCUUUAACAUUUAAGUGUAUUUAGUGUUAAUGAGUCUGCUGAAGGAUGCAGCGCCCGUCAGCUUUCAGUGUGGGAUGCUAAUGUUACUGUGGAGUUUUUUUUCUUUAUUAGUUGAGUAUAUUGUUCUGUAUUCUGGCGCUGAUUAAAACACUUCAACAU